CAUAUUCUUUAAAAGCUGCUUUGAUGAUUAACUAUGACCCAGUUGGACCGUCUUUCUGUCUACCAUUGGCUUAAUGCAUGGUGCAUAAAACCUGUUGGUGGAGCACUUGUUAGGCAGGAACCAGAAUAUAUCUUAUUAGCCUUGAUGGGUUCGCCGUUGAAGAAAAUCAUGCUAUGCAGUUCGGAAAAGGAGAUUUUCAGUGUGGAAGAACAAGUGAUGGUGCAACAUUCGGUGAUCAUAAACAACAUGAUUGAAGAUGGGUCGUACAACCAUGAAGAGAGCAAGAUUCCAUUGGAUUGCGUUGACUCCAAGACUCUCAAGAAGGUCAUUGAUUAUUGUACACACCACACUCACCACCACAACGACAACCAAGAAGAUCUUGAGGCUUGGGAUGCCCAAUUUCUCAAUGUUGAUUCUAACGGCCUUUAUGAUUUGUUGAUGGCAGCAAAUUAUCUUGAGAUUAGAAAUCUCUUGGAUCUGAUCUACGGAACUAUAAAAAAUAUGAUAAAGGGAAAGAAAAUAGAUGAGAUACGCAGAAUCUUCAACAUCAAAGAUCAUGGCUUCACUCCGGAAGAGGAAGAACAAAAUCGCAAGGAGUACCCACAUUUUUAUUAGAACAAAUCUUGUCUACUCUUUAAUUUUAUUUGUUUUAAAUUUUUUCUAUAUGAUGAUCAACACCUAGUAUUCAAUAUGGGGAUGUUAGAAAGUGUUUUGGCUCUUUUGAUAUCCUACAAUUUUCUUUUCAAUUGUA